UGUCCUGUUCGUCCCUAAGCAGAAAACAAGUUUCCAUUCCCAAGCAAGUAGAAGUGGAAUUAAGAAACCCAUGUCAGAGAAUGGAGUGACUUCCAAGUGUUUGUGAUUUGGUCUCACCCUUAUCUGGGGGAUCAACGAUCGACCUUUUUGGGCACCACACGCACGGCAACAUGACCAUCACGACUAUAACCCAUUCCAUUCCGGGAAGCUCAGGGUAUCUGGACAUAUACCCAGAGAGGAAAGUCUCCGCCUUUAAAAACCCUUACAUUGUAGGACUCACUGCUGUCGCUAGCAUUGGUGGAUUACUCUUUGGCUACGACACAGGAGUUAUAUCAGGGGCCCUUCUCUAUAUUAAAGAUGAUUUUGAGGCCGUCAGACAUAGCAAUUUUCUCCAGGAAACAAUUGUCAGCAUGGCACUGGCGGGUGCGAUUGUUGGGGCAGCAGCAGGUGGUUGGAUUAAUGAUGCUUAUGGAAGAAAGAAGGCAACUGUCAUUGCAGAUGUUAUCUUUACUCUGGGAGCAAUUGUCAUGGCUGCUGCUCCGGAUCCUUAUGUUCUCAUACUUGGCCGUCUUUUUAUUGGUUUAGGAGUCGGUAUAGCUUCUGUUACUGCUCCUGUUUAUAUUGCAGAAUUGUCACCUUCAGAAAUAAGGGGAGCAUUAGUAAGCACAAAUGUGCUCAUGAUAACUGGUGGACAGUUUCUUUCCUAUCUCAUAAAUCUUGCUUUUACACAGGUCCCAGGAACGUGGCGGUGGAUGUUGGGGGUUUCAGGUGUGCCGGCAGUAAUUCAGUUGUUCCUCAUGCUCUUACUGCCUGAGUCCCCCAGAUGGCUCUUUAUAAAGAAUAGGAAAGAGGAAGCCAUUACCGUGCUAUCUAAGAUCUAUGACUUUGCUCGUUUAGAGGAUGAAGUUAAUUUACUUACUACUCAAUCGGAGAGAGACCACCAAAGAGGUGAUAAUAUCAGAUAUCGGGAUGUUUUCAAAUCAAAAGAAAUUAGACUAGCAUUACUUGCUGGAGCCGGAUUGCAGGCAUUUCAGCAAUUCACAGGCAUCAACACAGUGAUGUACUACAGCCCAACAAUUGUCCAAAUGGCCGGCUUUCACUCUAACGAGUUGGCUCUUCUCCUCUCUCUCAUAGUUGCUGCCAUGAAUGCGGCCGGAACAGUUCUUGGCAUUUACCUUAUAGACCAUGCAGGGCGGAGAAAAUUGGCCCUGUUUAGCUUGGGAGGGGUAAUAGCAUCUCUGAUCAUCUUGGCCUUGUCAUUCAUCAACCAAUCAUCUGGAAGUGGUUUGUAUGGGUGGCUUGCAGUUAUAGGUUUGGCUCUAUACAUUGGUUUCUUCUCCCCAGGGAUGGGAACUGUGCCUUGGACAGUUAACUCAGAAGUGUACCCUGAAGAAUACCGAGGGACAUGUGGAGGCAUGUCUGCCACUGUGAAUUGGGUCUCAAAUCUCAUUGUGGCACAGUCAUUUCUGUCGGUUGCUGCAGCUGUAGGCACCGGUCCCACUUUCUUAAUUAUUGCUAUUAUUGCUGUGUUUGCCUUUGUGUUUGUGCUUGUCUAUGUUCCUGAAACCAAGGGGUUGACGUUUGAUGAAGUGGAGCUGUUAUGGAAGCAGAGAGCUUGGGGCAACAACCCUGAAUAUGCUCAAAACCUUCUUCAGAAUGCAAAUCAUUCCUAGGAAUGCAAACCAUCCACGCCUGUGCAUGUCUGUAUAUCUUGUUCUGCAGUCAUUCAGUAUAGGUAUACAUUAUUUUUUACACAUUGUAUAUUACUUGGACAUUACGUGAGAAAUGUUAUGUUGUAAUGCAUUCUUUUUUUAUAAGCCAACAUGAAGAAAAUAAGGUUCUUUUGUGUUAAAACCGUUGUCGUAUGAUGUAAUAUAUAUAUAUCUAAGACGGUGUCUCGUUUGUU